AUGGAAGCCGAAUUGAGUUCAGAAACGAAGACGGACGUCAGUUUAUUGUUGAAAUGUCUGAAAUUUCAAAUGGAUGAUCCUGAGUCGCAGAAAGCAGCUCUGGUCACGAUCUACUCGAUCUGUCAGGGAAGCACUCAGGCGUGUGAUCAUUUCCGAGAAAUUGGCGGCUUAAUGUUCAUCAGCAACCUCGCAAAGUGCAGCCCUCACCCGAUGGUGAAAGAGGUCUCUUUAUUCACUUUAGGGGUCCUAGCGGAGAACAACGUGUUUUGUCAGCAAGCCUUGUGUACCUUGGAACUGUUUGGAGAUAUCUGUUCGACUCUGUCCAACGAGGAGGCUUCUGUGAAUUGCAAAAGAAUGUCUGUUUACGUGUUUCUGGUCUUGGUGUCAAACAACAAAACCGGGCAGAGCUUUGCAAACAUAUCCGGAUGUAUCGACAUGCUCCUAAUCCUGUUUAGGGAAGUUCUGUCGCUGUGCAGCAUGCAUCUGCCAGAUUUAGAGAAGAAUCAGCAUUAUCUGCUGUGGACGUCGGUUUGCAGCGCUCUUUGUGCAAGCGCUAACAACCCCCAAAACGAUGAAAACCAGAAAUUGUGCAGUUCAGCAUUUCCCCAAGCGACCGACUGGCUGCGGGAAUAUAUUCAGCCGGAGAUUGUCCGUCCUAUCUGUUCUCUGGUUGGACUCGCUGUCGCAAAUAACAGUUUUGCACAGGGAUACUUUGCGUCCGUCGGAGGACUAGACACGCUGGCUGGUGUUCUUGUGAAGCUUGUUGCUGAUCUUGGGAGGUCAUUAUAUUCCAAGCUCGCUGUUGCGGUGACAAAGACUUUGGAUGCUUGCGUUGCAGAUAACCCAACCUGCGUAAAUUGUUUGUCAAAACACAGCAUCGUAACGUCUUUAAUCCGACUUUUGUCCCAUGAAACCCUUGAUCUUGGAGACAGAUUCGGUGUUAUUCUGGCUUUGGGUCAUUGCACCGAGAGCUGCGAAGCAAAUCAAUACGAACUUCUGAAAAGCAACGGGCUUCCCCUUAUGAUCCAGAUGCUCACUGAAUCACAAGACGAGGAGUUAAGAAAAGCAACGACUUUUGUCCUCCAGAACUGCAGGCAAAUCACCGAGAAAUUGUCUGUGAAUCUAAGGGAACCUUCCCCGAGUGUUAAAAGUGGUUCGGAGAGAAUAACAGAGAAGCAUAUGGAAGAAUGCUGGAAAAAAGCAAAGGAGAUGCUUCACAAAAUCGAAUAUUUACAACAGCAGCAUAGUAAGGAGCUGGCGGGGAGUGAGGAUAUUAAUUGUGGCCCUCGAGCAUUAAUGCACCAGCUACAUCCAGUGGCUUUGGAGCAGACAGACGGUAGAAUUCCCAAAAGCCUUUCUAUUACAGAACACUUUGGCCGAAAGGAUGAUCAUCAGGUGCCAGCUUAUCCCAACAUCGAGCUGAAGAAUCACAGGCUUGCCAUCGUUCCACACUCGUACAAUAAAGAUCCUAAAGGCUUGGAUGAAAGAGCCAGUGUCAACAGAGAAAGCGUAUCACUGAAAAAAGCCAAAAUGCAGAACAUUUCAAACACCGCUCUACAGCACAACCUUGCUGCAUCUACAUCAAGCUGCUCAGGUGAAACUGACAGCGACGGCCAAGCAGCUUCACUGGAGAAGAACGCUCAUUCACCCCGCAGAGAUCGGAGCUGCGAGUCUUACACCGGUAUAGAUAAUCCUCUGAGGGAUCCGGACACACGCAAUACGGCACGUCCAGUAAAGGACAAGCAUUGGGAUUGUAUCCUCAAGCCGUCUAGUGAACUACCGCAGAAAGCCAAACACAACGGCUCUAGAUCUGCAAUGGAAAAGGAAGUUCUAAUCCUUCGCUCAAGGGAUGACAUGUUUAAAAAUCCAGCCUCGGUCACAAGAGAAAGGAACACAGCAGAGCAUAUCGGUUGUGUAGCGACAGGCACAGCCAUGAACAGCAGGAACUGUAGCAAGAUCCUACAUAGGUGUUGGCACCUAUGCAUAAGACAUCAGGCUAUUCUACAAGCCGAGGAGCGAUAUAAGAAGAAAUUAAAGAGCUCAGCAUCACAUAACUAUAGUUUGACCCCGCUAAGAAAAGGAGGGAUGAGCUAUGAGAUGUUUUGUCAGGGGAAACAAAACCGCAGCCGUAAGAUCGGGUUUAGAGUCGGCCUGUGCCAAGGAUUCAUCAGGACAAAAACCAGAAGGUGCGCUGUCAUUAGAUAUUCACAAUGCUGCUUCCUCAAACAUCCAGGACCCGGAUACCAAGGAAGAAUUGCCGUGUUGCUCCCUAUACCUGCAGCAACCCUGAGCAUGUUCUCGGCAUUGUACUCGCAGAACCUUGCGAUUAGCGAGCAGAAGAGAGGACGGGAAAAGCAGAGUCGAAGAACCCGCAAAGACUUUACAGAGAGCGAAAUGGCUUAUCUUUUGGACGGCGUCCAGAAGCUUGGUCAUCGCUGGAAUUCAAUUCUGUGGUCAUAUCCAUUUCAGAAAGGCAGAAGAAAUGUAGACUUGGCCAAAAAAUACAAGAAGUUGAAGGCGCUGAGCUAACGUCUGAUGCUUUCUGCGCGAUGAAAGAAGAGGCUGGAAAACGGCGUAUAUGUGCUGCUAGUUGGGCAUAGCGAUCUCGUUUGGGAGUUUAACAGUUUAACGUUCAGCGCUUUAUAUAUGUUAUUUAGCUAACAUUACCUGUUACGGGAGAUAAAAAGUAGGCCAGCGAGAGCCAAAGUUCUUACGGAGAUGUUCUGAUGAGCUGAUGCAGGUAUUUUUUACAUUACCAACAAUGCCAAAGUCGCGAGGUGAUGGCAUUGAGUGCAUCACUGGCUAUUUCUAGUAGUAUUUUGACUAGUUCAAUAACCUAUAUCAUUGUUAUUUGCAGAACAUUAUGUAUUCCUAAGAGAUUUUGUUGGUCC